UUCUCUUUGAUGCCGCAGCUCUUUGAAUUUGCUGCUCCAGUAAGCCGAGGCCACUGACAACGGAAUUUCACGAAUAUGACGUCAGGCGCUUUGCGAGUCGCGUGUCGCUGGCUGCAGAAGGAAAGGAAAAAGCAACAAGGAAGAGCAAUGGCGGCACUGGAUCGCAAACUGCCCACUACAGAUGCGCUCCUGUACAAACCCUGGUCCACCUUUAUCGACUCAGCUAAAUUACACUGCGCAGACUAUGCAAAUUUAGAAGAGACUGUAAAAUAUUAUGGAAAAGGCAGGGAGGUGGUGAGACUUAAUAGAGAAGAUAUGUUCAUAUUUGGCCAUUCUCCAGCUCAUGACGAAUUUUAUCAGGUUGUCUGCAAUAUCUGCAAUCAAGUAUUAAAACCACAGAUUUUCCAGUCACACUGUGAACGAAGCCACAACUCCACGUCUAAACCCUCUGCAUCCCCAUCUUUAGCCCCUUGUAAUAGAAUGUCAGUGGUUCAGAUGAAUCCCAAAACCUGUAUCAGCCAUAACACCUUCAGCAGCAACUCAAAGCCAUUAAUAACGCCCAAAGACAAUCUACAUACCUCCAUUAAUAAACAGCAGCACACAGGGUUUUCUUUGAGGGAUACACCACGUGUCCCUGUCCCAGUAGUCAGCCUUGAGAAGAUUCCUAACCUGAAGGCAGAUGGUGCCAAUAUAAAAAUGAUUUCCAUCACCACUUCCUCUGCCUCCUCAUCCACCACAUGUUCUUCAGCUUUGGUAAAACCUGCUUUGACAUCAACAGCAUCAAAGCCUGUCCCACCAUCACCAGAGAAGAUUCUGAACGGCAAAGGAAUCAUACCCCCUUCAUUGUUAGACAAGAAACACCAAAAUGGCACCAAAAGCAGUUAUAAGCCUAACAAAAGACUUUCUGAAAGAGAAUUUGAUCCCAACAAGUACUGUGGAGUAUUGAAUCCUGAAACCAAGAAACCAUGUACAAGGUCCCUUACUUGCAAGACUCACUCGCUCAACCACCGACGAGCGGUCCAGGGACGAAAGAAACGGUUUGACUUACUCCUGGCAGAACACAAAGCGCGGACAAGAGAGAAAGAGGCUGUAAAAGACAUAGAACCUCAGGGUGGCAGGGAAACCAGCCAAUCUGCACAAUCCCAAGAGCAUGUUGCAGGAUCAAUAGGGAACUCUGGUCUUGAGAACAAAGUAACAUCAUCAACAAAAUCCAGACCCUCCAAUUCAUAUCUUUCUAGGCCAUCCUCCGUCAAGAGUGUAAAUGGCCUCAGCUCUUCAGCGUGUGGUGGGUUGGUCCAUGAGCACAUUGUGUCAGCUGUCAGAGGAGAUGUGGGAAGCAGGCUUUCAAGUGAUGAGGGAGAACUAGACGGUGCUGAAGAGUCAGACAGACUAGACUGUCACUACUCCAGGCACCACCCCAGGCCCCUGGGAAUUUGCACUUUUGGGACCCGCGCGAUGGGACGGGGCUACUAUGUAUUUGACAGACGGUGGGACCAGUUCCGCUUUGCACUUAAUUCUAUGGUAGAAAAACAUCUGAAUUCACAAAAGUGGAAGAAGAUUCCACCUGCAGCUGACAGCCCCAUGCCAGCACAUACCACUGCAUCCUUUCCGGUUCUACAGUCCAUCAACAGUGCCAGUGCGGUCUAUCUUUCUUCCUCAGCUGUCCGUUCAAGCACCACUCCCUCUUAUGUCAUGAACUCCCCUGUAUUGUCACUAGCAGCCUUUGUAAACACAUCAGACAGAAAUUCUAUCAUGUCAUACACUACAGCCUUUCCCCAUCGGGGUGCAGCUUUCAGCAUCAUGGACCCUCCAUUCAAGGCGCCUUUGCUCAUGUCCCCAGUACCUGCUGUUGUACCUGCCCCAUCACGCUACAAACAAUCUAGAACUAAAAGCAGCAAAUCCUUGAAGAUCAGCUAUUCCUCGGGUAACAAGAAGAAAUCUGCAAAUUCUUCCACUCCUUCACCUUUGCUAACAUCUUCUGCUUUGUCUUUCACUGGGUCACAUAAGAGGAACUGUGUUUCUGCACUGAACUCCUAUCAGAUCUCUUCUUGCUACAAUACUGUUUCAGUGCACAAUAGCCAGAAUGGGACAAACCCACUUUGUGCCAAAUCUGAGCCCUCAGGACGAACUUCUUUGUCUGGCAGCUCAGCAGACUCUAUCAAACACAUGAGCAUGGUUGUAAGCAAUAUUGACCCUAAUCUGUCUGUAUCUUCUCUGAUGCACCGCUCUGGGGACCAUACACUGUCAACACACAAUGCACUGUCUUCAGUCCCCCUUUCCUUCAACAAAUCGGAAGGAAAAAAACAAAAGAACUCCAGCUCAAACAAUAAAUCUACCAAAAUGCCUGGUAUGAACAGUGUUCACAGAAAGAGGACUGCAGUGCUUUUGUCUGCAGUGCCUGAAUCUCCGAAGAGUUCUGUCCCUUGGCAGCAAAAGGUACAUCACUGAAGAUGUUACUGCAAAUGGUCAGAAGUAAUUGCUAACAAGAACAGGUUUGGGCAGGUUGUGGUUCAUCUUGGAGAUGUGAAUGCUGAAUCACAGGACUAAUGCUUCUGCCAUGAAAACACUUCAAACCAGCCUCUUGUGUUCACCGGUCAGAGGUCUUUGUUACACAUUUUAUUACUGCAAGUUUUAGUUUAAAAAUGUCCUCUUUAGUCUGUUACUAGACAAUGUAAUCAGUAUUUUGUUUACAGAACUACAUUUUGAAGUGUCCAAACUCUUUAUGCUGCAAUGUGUUCCCUGUUUUAGUACUUGACAUAUUUAUGGAUAACACUUCAUUUUUAAAGUAACUGACAGUUAAUAAUGAAGUUUAGUUUAGUUUUGGUAGCUUCUGUUUCAAAAACUGGUGAGGAUUUAGAAGAAGGAUCUUGCAGCAUGCUUUUUAAUAUUGAAUAUUGUUUGAAUGCCUAUAGUAUUGUUAUUUUAUAUAGGUCUAUCGUUAACAUUAUAUUUGUGAUAUUAAACAAUGAGGAUUGACUAGAUAACAGCACCAGUGCAAAGGAGCUUAUCUUCUUCAUUUGUCCAGUGUUAAAAGUGCACUUAUCUGCAGUUUUCUUUACAUCUGAAAAGGAACAGACAGUAUUAGUUUAACAGUUAAAGAAAGACAGUUUGACUGUUGCUUAUUGAAAUAUGUAUUUAAAAAAAAAUAUGUUCAAGCCAAUUUUUAAAGGCUGGAAUUAAAAUGUUUACAGUUCUGAGAAAUCCAAACUGUAACAAUUCUAAAAUUAGAUGAUCCCUUUAUGUAAAAUUGUAUAUUGUUAUUUUGUAAUAAUUUAUAUUUUACUUUAUUGAUAUCCUUACUGACAAUUAGUCUGAGAUGAAACUUUGAGUAAAAUUAUAUUUUUUUUAAUAAUUAUUUUUAUUGUACAAUUUUGCAGGCUGAAAAAAAUGUACAUAUCUUUAUUAUUUUUGCACAGUUUUAAUUGUAUAUUUAUUUCUUAUUUGUAAAAAAUACUACAGGAGGUCAGGAAUAUUUUCCCCAGUAAAUACAGAAAGGAAAUAUAAACAUAAUCUAAAUUCUUAAAACUGAUUACUUUAAAACUGAGUUUUACAAACAAUAUUGUAUUGGUUUACUAAGCUAGAACUAGUUAAGUUAUUAAAUAAUUUUGUAACAAGACAUGAUAAAACUAAAUAUUCCUAAAAACUAAAAUAUUUUCACAACAAAAAAUGAAUUCACGCUACUUUUAGUUCUCUCUAGCACAAGUAUGCAAGCUAUUUUAAUAUUUAAUCAUCAAUUUCUGAUAUCAACAAUUCCAUUUUUUAUAUUAAUAACUGUCACAUUCUUGAUAUCCAAAAUAUAAUUCUUGAUAUAAAAAUGUUUAGAUUUUGAUUUGAACAAUUCGAAUUUUUGAUAUAAAAAAUGCAUACGAAUUAGAUGACAUCAUCCGGUCUGGACUUCCUUUUUUGUACUGUGUACCCCGUCAUCUUUUGUAAAUGUUUGAAAACGCUAGUGCGAGCAAUUUAUAGUAAAUGCACUUCUGUCGGACGAGCCUUAGAAGUACAAUCUGCAGGACAACGGUAAAACACCAGCGCCUUAAUACCCCAGGCACUGUUGUCAAGAUGCAUCUCCCUAUCAGCCAUGAUGUACUAAAGGUCUGCCUAGCGCUUUCAAAUCACCCACAAUGAAGCUAGAUCAAGCGAAGAAGUGCAGACUUUUUAUAUUAAAUAUUAAAAGUUACUAUCAAGAAUUCUAAAUUUUUAUGUCAAGAAUUCUGUUUUUGAUAUUAAGAAUUAUAUUUUGGAUAUCAAAAUAAAAGGUACUGUUUUUGAUAUCAAGAAUUCUAUAUUUGAGAGAAAAAAAAUAUUAAAAAUGUUGUCACCGAUAUAAGACAGAAUUGUUGAGGAUUAAAUGUUAAAAUGGCUUGUCUGUUCACUUAGUAAAAUGCACUAAUUACAAAAAAAUAUAUAUUUUGUAUGGUAUCGCCCCUGUACGGAUAUUGACAUGUACUGUAAAAGCUCCUUUAAGUUUAAUUCAUAUACUGUAUGUCUAAAUCAGUGGUACUCAGCUCUGGCCCUUGAGAUCCAAUCCAGCAGGUUUUUACUCCAAGCAUGUUAACUGAAGCUGUUAAGAGGCAAUUAACUAAUUUAGGACCUGCUUGGAAUAAAGACCAGGACUGGAAUGGAUCUCGUGGGCCAGAGUUCAGUACCACUGGUCUAAAUGAUGAGCCAUUUUGAAGUGUAACCCUGCAGAAAAAUGUUACAAGACAUGUAUGCACUCUUUUUUUCUGUAUUGCAAAUCUUUUUGCCACUUUAACUGAGGCCAAUCCCAGCAAUAGGCCUAAAAAAAUAGUUUUUUUAUUUUGCAAAAAUGUCCCUUUGCUUUUUAUUUAUAUUAUGUAGAUUUUAGUUUUUUAAAGACACACAAAACUAAAAUUUAUGGCUAGACUUCUCUUUAACCACCCUAUUCUCUCCCUCCUAUGUAUAAGAAUGCUAUCUCUUUACUACCUUUCUUUUUUUACUUGCUUUUUGGCAGCUUCCAUAGAUAAUGUGGUUUUAUCUGCAGUAUUCACCUCUGUUAGAAGGCCCAGGCGAGGAUACACUUAACUUCCUGUGUGUAAAUGGCUAACCUUGUAGAUGGAGCCUGGAUUUGAAUGGGUAGAAUGCCCAUCCAUAGUACAUAUUGCCUACUGCAAAACAGUAAUACUUUGUGGUUCAUAAUUGUAUUAAAUAUAUAUGUAAUGUGAUACAUACAGUACAAACCAAUGGAUCCUUACCCAUACAGAAUUGUUAUACCAAGCCAAAAUAGAACCUCAUUGCCCAAUUUAGAAAGUUAAAAUAGUGUUGUUUUUCAUUGAAAUACCAUCAUCAAAAUGCUUGUUUCUAAGCUGCACUGAGCUAUAAUCCCUUCAUGUGCUGUCCUUUUACUGGCACUCCAUUCCUGCAGUAGGUUUUCAGACUAAAAGUGUGCUGUUUUGUUUUGUCUGGCCUUUUGAAUUUUUAUUUUUUUUUUAAAUUUGGAAUCGGCAAUAGUUUUUUUUUUUUUUAAAAACCCGAUUUUCUUCCUAAUUUGAAAUGCCCAAUUGGCUCACCACUGCAACCUCUGCGCUGACUCGGGAGAGACGAAGAUGAGCACACACGUCCUCCGAAGUGUGUGCCGUCAGCCGACCACUGCUUUUCACUCUGCAGGCCCACCAUGCAGCUACCUUCAGAGCUACAGCGUCGGAGGUUCGUCUUUUCUCGGCAGUCAGUCACGUUGCUGCUUGUGUAUUUCAGCAGUGACGUCUUUGUUCAUAUUUUAUCGGCAGUCAGUCAUGUUGCUGUUGGUGUACUCGGGUAGUCAUGUCUUUUGUUUUAGCGAUUUGUAAUACACGCAUCUCUACUGUACUCGAAUUUAAGAUGCAGGCUAUUUUUGAGAAGCAAUAAAUUGUUCAAAAAGUGCAUUUUAAAUUCGAAGGAAUACAGUAUGUAACUUCAAUUUACGUUAAUGUGACAUAGUAGGGAGAGAAUAAAUAGCUCCACCUUGAUACUAAAGAGACUAAUGCCGCUUUCUUGACGUGAGUUAGUGAGAUCUACAACAGAACAUUGCAAGCUGUUGUGCAAAUGAUGCUUCGCUAAUUUACACUAUUGAUGGCCUUUUUCUUCAGCUUUACCUUGCAGCAGGAUUUGGCCACUACCCCAAAACUGAGGAUAGUCAAGUGUUUGGUAAACCCAGUCUAGUCAUAGACACAAGUGCAAACGCCUGUCAGCCAUAUGAAGGGAGUGUGAAUAAUUAUGCCUUAUUUUGUAUUAAAGUUACAGUUGUAUAUAAUGCUGACCAAACUUUUUAGUGAAUAGUUUAUACAGCAUAUUUUGUUAAUUAUCGUUGAUUCUUAGUGAAAAUGAAAAAAAAAGAAAAAAACCUUAUUUUAAG